AUGUACAUCGUCUCACUGCACAGUGUGGACAUCGACAGUGAAGGAUUUGAAAACAAGACACCAGUGAUGUUAGCAGGACCAAAUGGACAUAAGGACGUGGUGGAGUUUCUCGUGAAUCAUGGCGCUGAACUGUCACUCAGAGACAGCGACACUAACAACAUCCUUCACCUGACGUCUUACGGAGGAUCUGUGGAUGUAAUGAAAUAUGUCCUCUCACAGAAAGUGGUGGAUGUAAACGGCAGGGGGUGGAAGAGGAGGACACCAGUGAUGAUUGCAGGAAUGAAGGGACGAAAACGGUUGGUGGAACUAUUCGUAAAACAUGGAGCUAAACUGUCACUCGCAGACAGAGAGGGUAACAACAUUCUUAUGUUAGCAACUGCAUAUGUGGAGGUAGUGAAAUAUAUCCUGUCACUGGGUGUUGUGAACAUCGACGCCAAGAACAGAAAGGGAGAGUCAGCAGCCAUGAAAGCGAGAGCCUGGGGGCAUCGAGAUGUGCUUGACCUUCUUGUGUCACAUGGUGCUCAUACAUAA